UUGAAAACCCAGCUAAAAGACUGAAGAGCUUAGAUGAAGUCGAUCAAUCCACCAUGAAACUGAAGACCACUGCUCACACAUCACCAGUUACUCCAAAAUCUGAACUUAACGACCCACUGACGGAUUCUUCAGCAAGCUCUCCAACAGACGUCAGUGAUAGUGAUCUUUCAUCAUGCUUGAAAUCAGACAGCAUCUCGCCAAUGGAAAAACCCAGAAUUCAUCACGAUUCCAGUCCUGAUCUACCAAACCCAUGUCAGUUCGGAACCAUGAAAUCAUACAACCAAUGUAUGCCAAACGACCAGUCUUACUACAACCACCAUGCAUCAGCAGUUAGCCGAGUACAGAGCAGUUCAUUCCUUCCGGUCUCUUCAACUACCGGUGGUCUCUUACAACCAAUGACAAGCAGUCUCUUCUCUAUGAACUCGCAGAUGCAACCAUGCCGGUUAUCAGGACAAUCUAACGACUGCGCUCUACGACAACCUGGAUUAGCAUCACCAUCACAUGGCUAUGGUAUCAGAACGACACCACCACAACAUCAUCCAUCUUUAUCAUCUUGCACCUACAUGCAAUCUGGUCAACCCUACACAUCCCAUCUCACUCCCAAUAUGCACAUGAUGAACAUGAACUUCACAGGACCUAUGGCUUGA